CGCGCGCAGGCUCGGCAUGCCGGCAGCUCUCCGCAAGCAGCGGCAGCGCUGCCGCUGCUCGCGGAGAGGUCCGCGAAGCCUGGGCGCGCUGAUCUCAGCGCGCGCAGGCUGCGGCAUGCCGGCAGCUCUCCGCAAGCAGCGGCAGCGCUGCCGCUGCUCGCGGAGAGA